AGGAGAGAGAAGAAAUGUACGUUAGAGGGCCAGGGGUGAAUGAACAUGGCACCCUUUGGAAGAGGAGAGGAAACUUAGGAAGAGGCUGAGUGAGGAGUACCAUAACCGCCUUGUCUCAUGCUGACCUGGCUUUGAGACCUUGAAUUUAAAGGAUCAGAAAGGAAGAUUUGAUGCUAAUCCUCCCUCUCUGUCCCCCUGCUGCCCCAGCCAUGGAAGGACAGAGUAGAGGGAGCAGAGGCCUUCUGGAGAAGCCCCUCCCUGCCACCCCCAAUCCCACUCUGUCCUCACUGGGUGCCGUGUUCAUUCUCCUGAAGUCCGCCCUGGGCGCCGGCCUGCUCAACUUCCCCUGGGCCUUCUACAGGGCAGGAGGCAUGGUGCCCACCUUCCUGGUGGCACUGGUCUCUCUGGUCUUCCUGGUCAGCGGACUGGUCAUCCUGGGGUAUGCAGCCUCUGUCAGUGGCCAGACCACCUACCAGGGCGUGGUCCGUGAGCUGUGUGGAGCUGCCAUGGGGAAGCUGUGUGAGGCCUGCUUCCUGACCAACCUGCUCAUGAUCUCCGUGGCCUUCCUCAGGGUGAUCGGGGACCAGCUGGAGAAGUUGUGUGACUCCCUCCUGCCUGACGUCCCACAGCCCUGGUACGCAGCCCAGCACUUCACCCUGCCCCUGAUCUCUGUGCUGCUCAUCUUUCCCCUGUCAGCACUGAGGGAAAUCGCCUUCCAGAAGUACACCAGCAUCCUAGGUACUCUGGCUGCUUGCUACCUUGCCCUGGUCAUCACGGUGCAGUACUACCUGCAGCCUCAGGGCCUCGUGCGCCAGCCUGGUCCUCUGCAGAGCCCGCCUCCCUGGACCUCUGUGUUUAGCGUCUUCCCUACCAUCUGCUUUGGCUUUCAGUGCCACGAGGCCGCUGUGUCCAUCUACUGCAGCAUGCAGAACCAGAGCCUCUCGCACUGGGCCCUGGUCUCUGUGUUGUCCUUGCUGGCCUGCUGCCUGGUCUACUCCCUGACAGGGGUCUAUGGCUUCCUGACCUUCGGGACGGAAGUUUCUGCCGACGUCUUGAUGUCCUACCCGGGCAAUGACACGGCCAUCGUUGUAGCACGUGUUCUCUUCGCCGUCUCCAUCGUGACUGUCUACCCCAUUGUGCUGUUUCUGGGGAGGUCUGUGAUGCAGGACUUUUGGAAAAAGAGCUACUGGGCCACAUGGGGCCCCCCAGUGCUGGCUGACCCCUCAGGGCCAUGGGUUCGGCUACCUCUGACCUUUCUAUGGGUGUCAGUGACACUAGCCAUGGCUCUGUUCCUACCGGACCUCAGCGAGAUCAUUAGCAUUAUCGGUGGCAUCAGCUCCUUCUUCAUCUUCAUCUUCCCGGGUUUGUGCCUCAUCUGUGCUGUGGACACGGAGCCCAUAGGCCCAAGAGUCAAGUGCUGCCUGGAGGCCUGGGGCACCCUCUCCGUGCUGGUGGGCACCUUCAUCUUUGGGCAGAGCACAGCUGUGGCCAUGGUGGAGCUGCUCUGAGAGGCCUCUGGGCUGACCCAUCACUCCUGCACUCCCGUGGGUUCUCAUCAUCACAAAGGUGCUGUCCUACCUGCUGGCCGCCUUCUGAGCUCUGCUCCUCCUCUGGCUCCCGGGACCCUGGUGAGGAAGGACUGCUAUGACAGCUUACCUCCAGCUGGUGACUCAGGACAGUGGAAGCUUCUGAAAGGCAGAGUAUGAGCCGGAGGAGUGUGGAGGUUGCGCUGCCUCAGAAGGCUCUGGAACGCUCCUCCACUGUCCUCCUCUGGUGCUUGUAGGAGGUCCUUGGUGACCCUGGCUUGGAGAUGUAUCACUCUAGUCGCUGUGUUCAUAGUCACAGAGUCAAAUCCUGCCCUAUGUGUCUCUGUUCAAGGUUCCCUUUCCCCAGCAGGAUGCCAGUUACCCAGUCUGGGUCCGUCUCCAGUUUGUUGGCACUUGUCUGCUCUGGCUAU